GCAACCGACGACGGUGCGCUAUGGUAUGCGGCGGUUCUUCACUGCAAAAAAGCAAGCUCGGCGGACUUACGUUUUACGUCGCCUCGCUCGCGCGAUCGUCCCGAACGGGAGAUAUAAGGUUAUGCCGUUCGGUCGCGGCGAGUGAUCCGCGGUCUCUCAUUUACGAGAGGCGCCGUGUCGGCGCGCGCGUUUCGUGGGCGGAGAACGCGAGUGACCGUAAGCAAUGAAAUUUUUAAUUGUACGGUGACACAUUCCUCGUGAGACACGGGCAGGUGUGUCUUCUCUCUCUCGGAUGUGUGUACAGUCCCACCAACCCAGCUCGCGUACCCAACUCCGGUCUCCGGUUUCAUCCGGUCGCGGUUUCGUUCGAUCGGCGAAACGUGUAAUGCAUGACGAACUGAAAACAAUCUGAGGAGCUCCGAUGACUGUCGACAAUACGGAUUAUCAUAAGGCAAAAAAAAUGAGUACCUCUCUAACAUCACUUCAACCAAAUAGCCAAAGCUUAGAAAGGCAGAGACAUGUCAGAAAAACAACAGAGAGACUUUAUAAUAGUCUCACCAAAAAGAGGAAAGAUCCAAAGCAAACAAACGUUCAAAGAAUGUGGAUAAAUCAAGAAGACUGCAAAGAUGACUUUUGGGCAGCCAUAAGAUCUAAUUAUGAUUAUAUUAUGGAUACUAAUUUAAUCGAUACUUGCAAGGAGGCGAAUGGUGAACUAAUAUGGGACGAAACAGAUGUAUCGACACAAUCUUGGAACUUGAAGGAAGUCAGUAGCCAAUUUUCAGAGCUUUAUUCAUGGUUAAGAAUUCUUCAAGAGUUGGUCUAUUCUAAAGAAGAGAAUCUCUUGGAUAAAAGCCUGCGUGCAGCUCAUAUGGAGGAGCUACGACGCAAGGCGUACAGACGCAAAUUGUUCAAUGAGCAAGCAGAAAAGUUAAUUUCUCGCGCCCCUGCUUUAAAAGACGAAGUAGGGUGGCGUGUAGAUCACUUAAAUGCAAAGUGGGAACUAGUUGAACAAAUUAUGGCACCCAUAGACCGACCUGUAUCUAGUCAGCAAGAUAUAUCCGCAGAUUUUGAACGUGAAGUAAAAUGUCUAAGAAAGUGGUUACGAGAAAUGGAAUCGCGACUUCAACCUCUGAGCUUCCACAUCGAUUGGACUCUGCCAGAACUGGAAGAGAAAGCAGUAGAACACAUGGUACUCCAACGAGACAUAGAGGCGCACGGUCGUAUCGUCAGCUCGGUAGUGAAAUUGGGAGACAAGGUUUUCACGCAACAACAGCAGCAACGGGAACAGGAACAAGAACAGCAACAGCGAGAACAGCAACAGCACUCUCCGCAGUCCCCUUUACGGACAGUGAGAUCAUUGGAACGGCGUUGGCAUCUUUUAUUUCUACGGGCUUUGGAAUGGCAGUGUCACAUUGAAACUCUUGUGUCCCACAUAAGAAAUAAGAACGUCGUGUCUUACCGCAGCAGCAGCGACAGCGACGAGGAACCAGUCACGAAACAGCCUCGUCUCAGCCGCGGACGAUCGCGCGGUUCUGGAACGGAAUCCCCGCCGAGUCAGUCCACUCGCUCGACGCGCACCGAACGCGCGAAGCGCGUUGGACGCUCGCGAUCCGAGUAUUGGGACCGUCCGGUCUCCGCGAGGACCACCGACCUCUCCGACAGCGAGUUUUCUUCCGAGAACCGAUCCGUCGGCGAAGGAUCGUACUUCGAGGAUGAAUUGCGCGAGCUGUGUGUGAUGGACACAAGGUCCGACGAGCUGGAAAAACGAGAAGCCACGAGUCUGGUCGCGUCUAUCCUGGAGGAUCACGGGGAGGAAGGUGACGUCGAGGAAAGCGGAGUCAGCGAUAACGAGCAACACAACAUGCCACCCUUACCGGACACCGUGCCGAUAACCACUUCGACGGCGAUGCAGGAGACGUGUGACGAAAUCGACGCGGCGGGCGCCGUGCAAAUCGAGAGCGCCGAAAGAUCGAGCAACGGUCUUCGGACGAGCGAAUUUACGAAACGUCGCGGAACUACGGACGAGGUUGCCUCGUUCAACACGUCCGACAGGAAGUCGAAGAACUGCGCUACCUUCUACUUCAAGCAUCUCGACACCGACUCCGAGGCGGACGGUGUCCAGCCGAUCCAGGAAUCGCCUAACACGGUGGACGAUUCCUCCGAGGAGGAGUGGACCUACACUUCUUCCCGUCAGAAUAGCUCCGUCGUUUCGGAGCAACGAAAAACGAACGUUGUGGUCCGUCUGGACUUCGACGAGACUCCACGCGUCGACGUGUCGGCGAAUAUGCGCUUCGCGCAGAACACUAGUGUUGUAAGCAACGAAGAGAAAGAGACAGCCGCGGAACAGGCCCGCGGUUGCGAUGCUCAACAAAAAGAUAGCGAUGACGAGAAGCCGAACGACAAGUCGAGGAUACAGAGGCUGAUCAAAGAAGUGGAAAAUCUGAUCGGGGAAGAGAGGCAUGCCGGCGGCGCCUCGCGCACCUUCCCACCGUUAGUAUUCGAGGAGAAGGACAUAACGAACAAUCAUCGAGUCAAAUAUGCCCGCGUGAAGGAAUGGUUGAAGCUGAAUGCGGCAAGAGGCCAUGAGGGCAGGUCGCAGCCAUUAGAUAGCUGCGAUGCCAGCGGUGAAUAUACAACGGAAGAAUCUGACGGGGAAAGACAGUCGAUAUCGUCGGACGAUUUGCAGAGCAGCGUCGCGACUUAUCGGCGAUUCGAAGGCGCUGCCGCUCACAUGUCGCCGUCCAUGUCGCAGGAAAUAUUCGAUUUCAUCGAGAAAACGCCUGUCAAUGAGGCGCCUCCUCCUAACGCGAUAUUAGUAGUAGAUACGAAUACUCCGAAGGUUGUAAUGCGCUCCAAACAAAAAGCGAAAGGAUCUCGGCCGUGGAGCGUGUCUUGUAUCUCUCAGAUCGGGGAUAAUCCCAAUUUAGCUCAAAUAAAUGAUCCCAUUUCGCAGUUUUCCAUAUCUGAGACUGCGCUUCAUCAGUUGGUCGCAACUCUGCCGACUAAAUCCGUAUCGUUGGAUGCUGCAGAAUCACGGAAAUCGUUUAACAAUUCAACGUCCACUUUGUUAGAGGAGUCUAUUAUUUGUUCUGACGCUCGUGUAGUUAGAAAUAUUUCAUUCCGCAGAAAGAAAAAUAGAUUGCGAAAGAAAACUUUGGGCCGUAAGAGCGAAUCUAGUUCAGAAAGCGCGCACGCCAAUCAUCAUUCGGCGGGAAGCGAUGGUAGCACGAAUCAACAACGCUCAUCUCGCAAAACGAAUCUAAAUCGCACAACGCACGCAGUUUCGAAGGACUGCCACGAUCGUUCAACGACUCUGGUUAAAUCGGGAUCUUUCUCAGGCUGUACCGUCCAUCAACAGUUGUACGUGGAGAAGGCACUCGCCAAUAAUCCUACAUCGUUCCGACUACUGUGCUGCAAGUCGGUUGCUUCCACGUCAGAGACUGAAGGCGAAGAUCGCAAUAAUUGUACCCAAGGACAUUUCACUUACGAUAAUAAUCUGUUGAGUACCGUGCUAAACAAGGAGCUAAACAACCAGCAGCAGUUGAAUAUGGACAGCGACGUGGAGAUGAACAGUCUUGGCAACAAUUCCUUCUCUGAACAGGCUUGGGAUAAUUAUCAGGAGAAAUACAUGAGCGAGACUUACAGCGAGGCGCCGGACGUAGAAACUGCCCGACGAUUGUUGGAUUUUGGAGAUGAUUAUCGAAAUUUCCUCGAUAGUCAGUCGGAUUGCGCGUCCAGUAUGAGCGCAAUCCCUGCUAGUUCACCACUGCCUAAAAUUCGCACAUAUCAUGAAAUUGGCGACAGCACAGAAGACAGCGAUAGUGACGAGGAAGAUAUACGAAAUAUCACAGAAAAUUCACAAUCGCAGCUUAUACUCGCAGAAAAUUGUUUUGUUAGACCCAAUGGCAUGAUUCCUACAGAAUUCGCUGAAGUGGAGUCCGCGUGUAAAGAAAACUUAGGGUGUUUGCAGGCUGUGUUGGAAUCGCAGAAUGGAUACUAUCGAAAUGAAAAAUAUUUGAAGCAAGUUCGUGGUAUGAUCGAAAGAUGGAAGACUUUGGCGUCGCAAGUCAAACAGGCGCAAAUGGCCAGUUCUCUUCAUCGCGAAGUUGCUGCCAUGCGGACGAAGCUCAAAGCGACGCACGAUCGAUUCGUUGAUUGCGAAAUUGUCUUGGAACAGCCGCACGUGCUUGAUGAUCGCAUUAAUACAAUCACUGCCGACCUGACUGUUCUGAAAAAUGAUACGCCGAAAGAAAUGAUCGCGUUGAACGUCUCCGCGCAUCGACUGAUGACCGAUCUCGGUAUCUCCGCGCCGUUGAUCUGCACAGCCCUCAAGGAUGGCGUGGCGGACCUUUAUAGGAUAUGGGAUGAGGCCAUCCGAAACGGUUCCAAGCGGCUGCACGUUUUGCAAGCCGUGCAGCAAUUCGGCACAUGUUUGGCGGAACUCCAGUCAGCUCUGCAGAGGGACAAAGACACAUUGGCGGUCCUGGACGUAGCCCUGCAAGCGGGUGCCACCACGGAGGUUGCCUCCUCCGUUCGUCACGUCGCCCGGCUUCUGUCCGAAAAACAAGACAUCAAUUGCCAGAAUGACACGGUGCUGAGCGACACGACGGCCGAGGAGGUGCACUGCGGGUCUCUCUCGAAAUUCACCGCCGCGUCUGCGAAUAAUCUUACGCAGGAGGGUGGGUCCCUCUCGGACAGCGGGAUCUCCGACAGCGGAAGCGAGCAAGAACUGAGCGAACGUGAGCGCAGGUUGGCCGUUCUUCGGCGAUUGACGCGUAGCUUGGAGACUCAGUUGGCACCGGACAGCACAGCUCUGAAAAACUGCUGCGAGGAGCUGUGGAAGAGGAUCGAGGGCGCCGAGGGCGAGCUGCGCGACCUGCAGAAACAGUGCAGGGAGCUCAUCGUGCGCACGAGUGCGGCGGCGAGCGUCGACGCGCGUGCCGCCAAGCGAACGGCCAGCCAGGUCCAUCACUUCGCUGACAAGCGCAAGAAAGCGUCCGAGCGCGACGCGAACACGCCGAAGAGCGCCGCGUGGGAGUCGGCGGCGGCCGCGAAGAGCAACGCCGUCGCGGACAUCUUUAAGGACGACGACAUCAGCAGCGAGCUGGUGUCUCACUGCUGGGUCUGGCGCAUCCUAAAGGUGGCAUUGCCCUUCCAACUCGCGCUGAUUGCACUUUUCUGCGCCGCUUGCCUCUUGGAGCCGCAUUGCUGCGAGGCCGCCAACACGCUCAACUUGUCGCUCACCCCGCAGCUCCGCUACAUCGGAGGACCGCCGCCGGUUUGAACGGCUGUGGACGACGUCAGGUACAUGCAGCUAGAGCGGAGGCGAUGCCGAAUUUCACUAGCGGUUCCUUUCUCGGGCGAUGACGAUGCCCGUGAUCUCUCUCCUUCUCCCUACGUCACGCGGUAUCGCCAGUUUUUCUGUGUUUAGCGGCUAAGCUCGGUACAGCGUGUGCGAAGAUCGUCCGCGAUUCCUAUGGCGAGCGAUAUCGCGGAGUAUUAUUAGUUUAAUCUCGAAUGCCCGAAUCCGGCGAAUCACGCGUGGGAAGGGGAGCAUGUGCGCAUGCUGCAGCUGCGCACGUGAGAAGCGACUGUUCCUUUCCCAUCAUUGCAUCUGCGUAUGUCUUGGUUUGUCUAUUUUUUGUUUUGUUUUGGUUUUCCUUCAUUGUCUUGUGCCAGGUUACGCGAAAUUUCCUUGAAAAUUCUUAACUUUCGAUCGCAACGAAUGUGUGUAUCGCGAUAUCGCAAGGAAAUUUAACCGGAGAAAUUGUGUAGUUGUUCGAGAAAUUAUAUUUGUACCAAUUACGUAAUUACGAAUGAACGAAUGAGAUUCGACAAAAUUUGCACAGAGAGACAGUCCGGCCGUGAAUCUCGAACGUUGCGAUUGCAAACACUUGACUGUUUAGCCCCGCUUCGUGGGUAUUUCGGCAGCAGUGUGAGACCGAGACGUAAGCAGAGAAUUGUUGCGGACGCAACAACGAACUUGGCGCCGGUUACUUUUCCGUCGUCCUGAAUUGCGCGAAUCAGUGACCUAUGUUAUUGUUGAAGUAUAGAUAUUUAUUUAUAUACACAUAUAUUUGAAAAGAAAAAGAGACAUCGUAUAUUAUAUAUUUUAAUUCAUUAUAUACAGUGUCGUUCGGGCGAUAAUGUCUGAGUUCUCCUCACGAAGGGGACAAAACCGACAAACGUAAAUGGACUCUGUGCGCUUUCGACAAGCUUCAGUCCAUUUAUAUCAAAUUUCACUGGGAAAUUGCUUGGAGAAAAUCUGUGUAUUGCUAAUCUUCCUCUUUAUUCCAAGUAUCCUCCCGCAAUGCUGCUUUUAGUACAUAUGUAUGGUGGUAUCACCGCGAUUUUUUGUUCUCUCAACGAAACAACGAAUAUUUAUUGCAAGACUUUUUUCGCCAAUGAAUCACACAUAGUUACGAGAAACGUCAAUUACAUUAGACGCUAUUUUUUCAACGAAAUUUUCAAACGAGAAGACUUUUAUCAAAAAUGGAAAAAAAAACGAAGGGAAAAAAAUUAAUCAAAAAGCAACGAAACUUACUCGGUGAUUCUAAAAUGAACCACAUUUGUAUUAUAGAAUCUUCAUUAUUAUUCCAAUGAAAUCAUAAGAUUGCGCUGCAUGUAGAAGAGCACGCACGAGUGUAAAUUCUAAACAAACUUGGGAGGGUGUCGAAGUAGUUGCGAAGUAGCAGCUGUUGAUGAUGCGCUGUGAAUGAUAAAUAUAACUUUGCAUAUUAAUAAUUUAGAUGCAUGCGUGUAUAUGUACAGCGACUGCUAUUGCAUGCGUUAUGUCAUUCCUGAGAAUAUUCUGCCCCUCCCUUUUCCUCCUUCACUUUUAUUUUCCUCCUUCACUUUCGAUAACAAUGUGCAUGCUAUUGACAGUAUUUACUUAAUACGUCACAUAUAUGAUUGGAAAAUAUAUUCAUAUAUUUCAUUUUGAUAAAAAUUUUAGAUAGUAAUACAUUUUAAUAGACUUAUGCUCAAGUGCGCGAGCCUUUCAACGAGAGGAAGAUACGCGUGCGUCGUUCAAGAUCACGAACGACGCGUGUCGACACGAUUAGAGUUUUAAUUGUAAAAAUCUAUUUAUCAAUUUUCCGCCCCUUUUAGACGUGUCUUUGAUAUUUGAAGACACUUGGGUAAGAAAUGAAAAUGGUAACUAAUAUAAAUACACUUAAAGAGAUAGUAAGCGACUUGUGCUGUAAGAGAGCCGAAAGUUAUUUUUUCAAAAGGGAAAAUACCAAUUUUUUUAUAGAAAUAUGAAAAUGUUAUAAUUUAUCGAAAUCUAUUUUGUACAGACUUUUUAAGAGAGAAAGAGAAUACGAGGUGAAGGUGAAUGGCUACACCGAUGCUGUGGUAACCAUUCUCUGAAUUAUGCGAUGUGAGACAAAGAGGGAUGCCUUAUGGCCAAUUAUUGAAAGCUUACGAUUUGCGAAUGCUUACCGUGUAAGCGCAACUGCGUCUUAGCGUAAUAAUUCCGAUCCGUACUUGUGCAGAUCUUAAGCUCCUCAUGAGGGAGGCGAUAACGUCGGUAAGUCCAUCUGGUAUUAUGCGGACUGUGUAUAGAAGUAGUGAAUAUAAAAACGGUGUACAUAUAGAGUAACUGUAAUUGCGUAUAGUAACGGUGGUGAUGAUGUUGUGUUUCAUGGUUCAAAAUCAGAUAUCACUCGUAACAGGACACCAUAUACAUACACGUACACAUACGCGUACACGUACACACACACACACACACACACACACACAGCGACAUACAAUUUACGUCAUUUCUUCUAAAGCAUAGAAUCAUAAACACAGCAUCAUAUCACCGUUACUUUACUUUCUAGAUGUUUUGUGAAUUUUUGUUUUAUAUUGUCUAUAAUUGCGGUAAGAUGUCGCAAACAGUUUAUUUUUUUUGUUUUUUUUUUUUUAUGUAAGUACCAUGUGCUACGAUUACGCUCGAUCUUGCUUGGACUUGAUCCGACGCUUAAGUAGAAAAGAAAACGAGAAAGGGAGAGAUGAAAUACGUUAGAUAGGGAUGAAGAGUACUACCGAUCAGUAUCGAUGUCUUUUCGACGAAAGAAUUCAUACGCGUCAGCCGAAUAUGUUCUUUAGAUUUUGACGCACUCUAAGUCACAUCGUAGUGGAAGCCUCGUAUACUUUAUCUGAAAGUAUAUCGCGCUUCUUGGGAGACUGAAGUUAACAAGAUGAUCAGAAAGGAAGAAGCUACUUUCGCACGUCUUGUGUCAUAUUGAUGAAUCGCAACGGCGACUAUCUCGAAUAACGAGUAUUUACGAGAAGUAUGAGAAAGGGAGAAAGAGAUGAUGACGAUAUAUAUAUAUAUAUAUAUAUAUAUAUAUACGUGAAGAAGGACGUUGAUCCUUAAGUAUUCAUUAUGUUUUGAUCACCCAUGCACGUGACGUAAAUUUAGCCAGCAGAUUGAUCGUGGCUUUAGUUGCGAUCGACGUAGAGAUACUAUGUCAAGCUUCACACGAUCUUGACUCGCUAUAAUGGACUUAGAUCAGAACCGCAACUUGAUAUCAUUUCAUUAUACCGUAAUGAGACUGCAAAGUUUUUAUUUCAUUAGCUUCGAAACUGAAGUUAUAACUAGAAACAUCAGAAAGAAUAUAAGAUGAUUCCUACGACCUAACUUGAAUAACAGUAUCUUUUCAAUUUCGAUGUUUUUCCUACGCUAAUUUCGCUCGAUAUGAUGUAGCGAUAAAAAUAUAAUAGACUUUUUAAUUGAUUUACGUGAUCGAUAUUCGGUCUUUUUUUCUUUUCGUGGAACUUUGAGAAAAUCCACGUAGAAAGUUUUAAUUUUUCCUUCAUUUGUAACACCAAUCUAAGACGAUUCUAUAUACGAAGAGAACGAAUCAUUCUAUCGAGCGUAAGAAUUUGUUGGAUUAUAAUUAUCCGAUAACGAAAGUACUUACGUAUCAUGAUUCGUAAGUAGGAGCGGCGAUUAUUUAAUUGCCCGUUAUUAGAUAAACGACUGCUUAUAAUGGCGUCGGAUGUCUUUCGAUAAAAUAUAUUAUUACGACAACGUAGUCGUGGUCCCGUUAUCGCAAAAGCAAUCGUUCGAAGAAACGAAAAUCUCUGUCUUAACAGAAAUCGCAAUGGGACCCAAUAAUGAGAAGUGUGACUUUGCACUUACUUUUAAAGCAUGGCGAUCUGAUUUGAAGACUUAUACACGUAUUACAUUUGAACUAUCAUAGUAUUACAAAUUGAUGGAGUAUCGCACAGAGAUUUUUAUCCAACACGUGACUUAAAAUGCUAUCGGUAUCCUUAAGGAACGUUCAGUAGCAAAAGAAAUAGUUAUCUUCAACAAACAAACGUCAGAAAAUAUCUUUAAAGAUGAAAGUAAGAAGAAAAAGAGGAAAUUUAAUAAAGACGCAAAUUUAAGUAAAACGUUUCUGAAGUCGUAUCGAUAGUUAUUUCAAGUAAAACGUUUUAAAUGCAUUCUGCUCGUGUCGCGAACGCGAGGCGAUUUUAUCUGUCUUACAUAAAAUAUAAAAAUAUGUAUAAAGUACCUGAGAAAUCAAAACGUUACUUAUAUUAUUAUCUUACACUAUGUUACUUUAUCUACACUACGCGGUUAUUGAAGGAAUACUUGGUAAUAUUGUAACGUUCGUAUCACGCUUAUCAUUCUUUGUCGCAGAGUAUAUUUAUCUUUAUCUAUUAUUAGGUAUACUUUGCAUGUGUCUUUGUAUUGUCAAACGGAGCCACCUUGCACCGUGUAUGCACGGGGUUGUGCAAGUGAUGCUCCAGAAAAAAAAGAAAAAAAAAAUAGAACUAAAGGAAAAUAUUCGCUUCGAUAAGUGCGAACAAUGUAUUACGAUAUUCAGUAUCUUCGAGAAUCAUCGUUUGUCUUACGGAGAUAUUACAUCGAGUUGACAAUAAUAUAUUUUUGUGAAAGAUAUUUUCGAUCUGCAAGGUAUUACCGCAAGCAUUUAUAUAUGAAAUCUUUGUAGAGAUUAAUUGAACGGACGAAAUUGCGGAGGAAGUGGGGGAAGCGGGAAAAUUGUGCGGUCGCAUAUCACGAAUUCUCUCGGUAAGAAACGAUAUUCUCGAGAGCCGCUAAAGAGUUACAUUAUCGAUAAUAUACCUAAUAAAGUAGACAUACGUAGGUGUAGCAACGCUUCUAUUUGAGGCACGAGUGCUAAACAUAAUUUGUGUAAUAACUUGCAGCUAUAAUUGCGAAAACAGGGUAAAACGUAACGGCGAUCGGGGAUAUCUAGAUAUCGCGUUUCACGCUCAAAUAGAAGCGAUGGUAUCGGAUGCCAGUUCAUUAUAUGCUAAUAAUUAUAGCGUUAUUAUACAUCUUUCACGACGAGUUAUAACGACGGACUAGUUUCUCCUCUCCGUCUAUCCCACUGACGUCUUUGCAAUUUUCAUGAUACUUCUCUCUCUCUCUCGAUUACUUACAGAUUCUUCCGACCUCUCGACGGAAGUGUUUCUCUCACUCAGCAUUAAUAAUCUCAGCAUUUCUCGAAUACUGCCUACAUAUAUGCGAUAGAACACGCGCAAGUCAUGUAGUCACUUUGCGAUACGGACGUAGCUAUCUAGAUUUACAGUCAUUUUCAUUUCGGCUCGAUGAUUUACUGAGGGCUGAGGUGAAAAUGACUCGUACUACCGCAGAGCACUUGCGCGCAUAUCUUCGUGUAACCGGCCAAAUCAUCAAUUGACUCCGCCCGCCGCGAAGUGUUCGCGGAUCCGCACUUCUGCAUUUCUGCUGCAAAUCUAUCGUAUCAACGAGAUAUAUAUCACUGUACAAUUACGAGAUAUUAUGCCAAUAUGAAUGAAAUGUUUUCCACGGUUUAAAGUAUUAUACCACACCUUAGAACUUAUCCUGAAUAAAUUUUGGAUUCUUGUUCACAGA